AUGAUCAAGUCGGUGGUCGUCGUGAACACGCAGGGAAAACCUCGCAUUGUGCGUUUCUAUGACGGAACUCCGCAGGAGAAGCAGCAACAUGUCAUGAGGUCGCUGUUUGCUGCUGUCAGCCGGCGGCCUGAUGAGGGCUGCUGCUGCUUCACAGAAGACCCAGAGCUGUUUGGCCCGAACCACCGCAUCAUAUACAGGGCUGCAACGGCUACUCUAGCAACACCAGACACAGCAGCUGCUGCUGCAGCAGCACCUGCUGCAGCAGUAGGUGCUGCAGCAGCAGUUACAGGAGCAAUAUCCCGUAUUGCGGACGCAGCAGCAGCAGCAGCAGCUGCUGCUGCUACUGUGUUUGUAGCUGCUGUUCUUUGCAUGCGUUGGCUGCUGUACAGACACUUCGCUACUCUGUACUUCAUCUUCGUGACAGAUCACCUGGAGAGCGAGUUGGGUAUCCUUGAUCUCAUACAAAACAAAAGAACAGCAGCGAGUGAAUACAGCACAGAGCCGUCGCAGCAGCUGCAAGCGUACUUGCAGCAACACUUCGCUACGCUGUACUUCAUCUUCGUGACAGAUCACCUGGAGAGCGAGCUGGGUAUCCUUGAUCUCAUACAAGUGUUUGUUCAAGUUCUAGAUGCGUGCUUUGAGAAUGUAUGCGAGCUUGAUCUCGUCUUCCACUACGACAAGAUAAACUUUAUUUUAGAUGAAAUAAUUGUAGGAGGGUUGGUGAUGGAGACUGCAGUGGACAACAUCCUUGAGUCUGUCAGCGGAGUGAAGAAACUGGUUGACGCAGAAACUUCUUUCUUCGCCUGA